AUGCGGUGCCAGGACUGUCUGUCCUUCCACCACCCCCCCUCCCCCGGGACUGGGACACCAGAUCCUGAGAGGAAGAGCCUGGGGGGGGAGGGGGAGCAAAGGAGCGCCGUGCUCCCCUGGGACCCACUUGGUGGCCCUGGGAGGGGGUGGGUGCUGGGGGGAAGGGUGGGGGGGGCAGGAUCGGGGCUCAGGGAGCCCGGGGCGGGUGGAAAGUUGUGAAGGACGCGGUUGGGACCGCAGCUCUUCCAGUCCUUCUCGUCCACGCUGGUGCUGAUCGUCCUGGUCACGCUCAUCUUCUGCCUCCUCGUGCUGUCCCUCUCUACCUUCCAUCUCCACAAGCGCAGGAUGAAGAAGCGGAAGAUGCAGAGGGCUCAGGAGGAGUACGAGAGAGAUCACUGCAGUGGCCGCCGCGCCAGUGGGCGGCUGCCCCGGCCGGGUGGGCAGACCCCCAUCCAAGGGAAAGAAAACCGGCUGGAGAGACAGCCCCGAGACUCUGCCCCGUGCGCGCCCUCGAACGCCACCUCCGCGGGCCCUGGCCUGGCGGCCCCGGGGCCCUGCGCUGCGCCUCCACCUCCGCUUCCAACCCCCAGCCCGCAGGCGGCGCACGCAGCCUCCUCCUCCUCCUCCUGUUCGGACACCGCUGGCGAGGGCCUUUUACAAACGGUGGUACUGUCCUGA